CGGCCGGGUCCGGGCGGGGCGGGGCUGGACGGAGCAGGCAGCAGGUCGGUGGGGCAGCAGCGGCUGCGAAGGUCGUUAUCUCCUCGCACAGCCGUGAUCUUAGACGGGUCACCCCUGUUGUUGUCCUCAGUCGUGCUGGAGCUUGAAGAUGCUGAAAGAGCGUCUGGAGAUGGCCGAAGAUCCUCAGCAGCAGAUGGGUGCUCCAGUGGUCAAACUGGAGAAGGAGCUGCCAUGGGGCAGGGGAGGGGAGGACUCUAGUCCUGAGGCUUUUCGGCUAAGGUUUCGGCAGUUCCGCUACCAAGAGGCUGCUGGUCCCCAGGAAGCCCUCAGGGAGCUCCAAGAGCUGUGUCGACGGUGGCUGAGGCCUGAGCUGCACACCAAAGAGCAGAUCCUGGAGCUGCUGGUGCUGGAGCAGUUCCUCACCAUCCUGCCCCGAGAGCUCUACACCUGGAUCCGGGAACACAGCCCAGACAGUGGCAAGGCUCUGGUGGCCAUGGUGGAGGAGCUGAUGGGGAGCACGGAGGCCAAGGCGGUUCCAUGCCAUGCCCAGGGAGAACAGCUGGUCACAGCCCUGGGCGGAGGAUCUUGGCAAUCAGGUAUCCACUUGGGGCCAGUAGAAGUCAAGCCUGAGUGGGGGAUCCCUCAGGGUGAAGGAGUUCAGAGCUUAGGCCCAAGCACCGCAGAACAGCUGAGCCAGGGCCCUGGAGAUGGGACACAGGCCUUCCAGGAGCAAGCAUUGCCCAUUCUUCACGUGGGUUCAGGGCUUCCCACUGUGAGUGCCAGAGACCAAGAGAUUGCAGCUGGGUUCCUUGCAGCCACGUCCCAGGGUCUGGGGCCAUUUAAAGACAUGACUUUGGGUUUCCCUGAGGAGGAGUGGAGGCACGUAGCCCCGGCACAGAUUGACUGCUUUGGGGAAUAUGUGGACUCUCAGGACUGUGGCGCCCCUCCAGGUGCUGGGAGCAAGGAGAAGGAGGCUAAGCCCCAGCAAGAAGACCUGAAGAGAGCAUUUGUUGGGUUGACUUCCGAUGGGUUUGGAGAAGCUGCCAUCCAGGUUCCUGUGCCAGGGGGCACCUGUGAGCAGGAGCCUGGGGGCUCUGGGACCAGUGUGCCUGGGCUUCCUGCUCCUCAGCCUGGCGUCCCCCUGCCUGAGGCCCUCAGCGCCCACAGUUCUUUCUGGAAGCCAUUCCAGUGCCCUGAGUGUGGGAAAGGCUUCAGUCGGAGCUCCAACCUUGUCAGGCACCAGCGGACCCACGAGGAAGAGAAAGCCUUUGGCUGUGUGGAGUGCGGGAAAGGUUUCACCUUAAGGGAAUACCUCACCAAGCAUCAGAGGACCCACCUGGGCAAGAGGCCCUACGUGUGCGGAGAGUGCUGGAAGACCUUCAGUCAGAGGCAUCACCUGGAGGUGCACCAGCGCAGCCACACCGGGGAGAAGCCCUACAAGUGUGCAGACUGCUGGAAGGGCUUCAGCCGGAGGCAGCAUUUGCUGGUGCACCGCAGGACACACACCGGGGAGAAGCCCUACACCUGCGAGUGUGGCAAGAGCUUCAGCAGGAACGCCAACCUGGCCGUGCACCGUCGCGCGCACACAGGGGAGAAGCCCUACGGCUGCCAGGUGUGCGGCAAGCGCUUCAGCAAGGGGGAGCGACUGGUGCGGCACCAGAGGAUCCACACAGGCGAGAAGCCCUAUCACUGCCCAGCCUGCGGCCGCAGCUUCAACCAGAGGUCCAUCCUUAACCGUCAUCAGAAGACCCAGCAUCGCCAGGAGCCUCCAGUGCAGUGAGCCUACCAAGGGAGCAGCUCUGCCGUAGGAGCGACUGUGUUGCACCGAGGCUCUGGGCAGUGCCCAGUG